UAGGGGAUUGAGAAUGGUCUCAAGUCCAAAACUUGUUUGGAAAUGUAAUCCAUCUACAAAAUUGAAACUUCGAAAGCACUUUUAUCCGUUGGCUUUAACGAAAUUGACACUCGGGGCCGACUUGGAUCUUCAACACGGCUUUUGGACUUUUCAUACGGCUUGGAAAGAUCGAAUUAUUGGGGGUAGACUUGCGGUAAAGGAUAACCAAGUGUCUUUGGUGAAAGAGUUCCUUGUUGACCAAAAGAAUACUUUCAACAUCCACAUAUCCUAUGACUGGAAGAUUGGACAAACUUUAUUUGGGUUUCGGUUCAGUCCUUAUCGUGGCAUUCAAACCAAUACUCACCCUCCUGGAAUGGCGCUUCGUAGAAAAAUUCCACUUGAUUACAGAACAAAACUUGAUGUGUUUGCUUGGUUGCAAUUUCCAGAAGCCACAUGUGAAGCAACGAGUACUGGCGCAGUGUCUUUUGGAACGGGUGACUUUAUAUUGGAUAUUCAACAGCUCAACUUGUAUCUAGAACUGAAAGGAUUCGGAACGAUAGGAUAAUUUGGCUAUGUUGGAUAAGUAGAACUAGCUUCUAUUCAUUCGAUAUAUUCAGAGAAGCUUCCUGCAAACUUCCAUUUUUCCUUUUGCACUUUUCUUAUAAACCACAAUAGUUGCAUGACCUAUAUUGUGGAGAGUGAUCAAAAGUGCCAUUCCAGUUGUUAAUAACAUCGUUCAUGUAGAA